UUGGAAAACGUUAAAAUCAAAACAAUAAAUAAUCAGGACAUAAGUGGACUAUGCGGGUAAAAGUAGAAUUGAAGACCGAAAAAAGCUUAAGCUCCGGCCCAAAUUGAAACCACCCCGAGAGAGGAUGGAGGAAGAGGAAGGCGGAGGGCCGAGGCUGAGCAAGAGAUUCGCCGAUAAGGGUGGAGAAGUGGAUUACAAGACUAAGGCGGGAACCGCCUGGUCUCACAACUUCCUUAACCAGAAACCUUGGCACCCACUCUCUUACCCUAACCAACGCCGGAAGUGGAUCGCCGAGCAAACCCAUGCCCAGAAGGAACGCCGCUCGGAAGAAAUUGCCCGAGAGUAUGCUCAAGAACAAGAGUUUUUCCGUCAGACUGCUUUGGCUUCCAAGAAGGAAAAAGAAAAGUUGGAGAUGAUGAAAGCAGUUAGCUUUAUGUAUGUGAGACCUCCUGGUUACAACCCGGAAAGUGCUAAGGCUGCAGAGGUGGAAGAUGAGAAGAAAAAGCAAGAGAACAACGGAACUUCUCAGGCUCCAAUAGCUGCUGAGGAUGUUUCUGAGUCAAAGAUACCUGAAUUUGUUGAAGAAAAAAAGAGACCAAGGCCAAAGGAUGUGUUUGGCCGGCUCUUACCAACAGAAGAUCAAUUUGAAGUCCUCAAAAAUGCUCCAAGGCUGGACACAGGUGCCCCUGGAAGGGCAAAACCUUUUGCCGUUGAGAUACGGAAUGUCAAAUGUGUAAGGUGUGGAACCUUUGGCCAUCAAAGUGGUGAUCGUGAAUGCCCAUUGAAAGAUGCUAUCAUGCCAAACGAGGAGAGUCGGUUAAGAAGAGAUGACCCUUUGACUGCUAUCAUAGCUCAGACAGACCCAAUCGAGCCUUUAAAGUGGGAACUGAAACAUAAACCUGGAUUGAGCCCUCCACGAGGUGGGUUUAGACCUGAUGAUCCCAAUCAGCAGAUAGUUGCAGAGGAUAUAUUUGACGAGUACGGAGGGUUCCUAGCUGGCGGUGACAGUAUUCCUGACCUUUUGCUAUCCAACUUUUCAAGAAGUAAGCGAAACAAAAAUAAAAAAUCAAGUAAGAGAAGCCACAGGAGGAGGGGGGCAUCAUCCGAUUCAACUCAUCGUGAAGAAACCUGUUCUUACUCUUCUGACGGUGAUGAUGAUGAUGAUGAUAGAAGAGGAAGAAGGAAAUUAAAGAAGAGGAAACACAAAACGAAGAAGCAUCCCAAGUCAAAAGAGGAGGAAUCAUCAUGUGGCCAUGCCGACAACCAUCAUCAAACAGGAAGAACUAUCAUCAAAUCGAGGCACAACUCUGAUUCAGCCACCAGAAAGGUUAAGAAGGGGGGAGGUGUCCACCACCACCGCCAUCACAGUCAUAGGCGUCACCAUUUUCAUUCUGUAUCAAAAGAAUGACAUAAUUGUGUGCAACAUAUAAUUUCUGUAAUGUCACGAAAGAGUGUGUGCAAUAUAUGAAGUAUAUUUUAUCAGUUUUGGAUGUAAAUCAUUCAAUUUUUUAUUAUAAAAGACAUGCAUUAAAAUAUUGAAAAGAUGU